CGCAGGGGUAAGGCGCAGUGCCUAUAAGCGUUCCACAGAGCUGCGGAAUAUAGACGAAAUAUUGAUUUAAGUAGAUUAAUUCUUGCCUGGUGUUAAUGUGAAAAAGAACCUUAGCCUUUGGAGUUCUUCAGCGGAAUAAUUAAACGGACAUCGGAGUUGAAAUCGCGACCAAAGGUUUCUGAGCAAAGGGAUGAAGAGAACCUCUGGAAGUGAACGGUGAUUUCUCUUCUGCGGGAUUAAACGGCGUAUAUUAAAUUCCUGCACCUGUUCUCCAAUUAAAGGAAUAUCUUCUUAAACACGACCGGAGCUUUUCAUCAUAUACCGAGGAGAAAAAUAUCCCUCUUGAUUGUAUACGCCGAAGUCUGUUCGCUGUUUGGAUUUAAGGACAUUACCGAAUCUGAGUUUAUUUAAUUAGCAAAGCACUUAUUUAUUUAUCGGAUUCGUGUCAGCUGUGGUAUAUAAUAAGCUGUUUUCACUGGAGUUUGCAGUUUCCUACUAAGCUUUACUCGGAGAUUAUUCCAGUAAGUAAACGGGUAAAAAAUCCUUAUCAUUUGCGUUCGUUCAAAACGCAGUUAACGGACAAACGGCAUUUUUCGGGAACUGCUCCGCACUCGUCUAUAAAUAAGAUCGGAUUCAGUAAAAAUAUAAAGAGAAAAUCUGGAAAUCGACCUUUUAUAGAAAACAACGGGAAAGUGCCCAACGAUCCUGCUAAAGAGGCUGUUUUUGGAUGACUUUUACCUUUUUUACGCUCGUGACGUAAAGGAAGAAUAAACUUUAAAAAAUACAUUUAAAAAAAAUCGACUGAAAAUACCAGGGAAUAUAUAUUUUCCAUUUUAUCUGAAGACAGUUUUGUCUUAUAUUCUUUCCCUCAUUCUGUUCGUUCGGCCGCUGCACGUUCCCAAAGUCCCGUCGGCAAGAACCUGCAUGGAAAUCUAGUCAGCACCACAGAGCAAUUUAUGAUUUGGGCAAUAUCCUGACUCCCACUCCCACACCCUCCCAUGGUUCAUUUCAUCAUUGUGGCAUGCUGUAAUGAAACCAGUGCUGCAAUCCAAGGCUGUGGUGUUAAGACUAUAUUUCUGACCAUUUCUUAAAGGGUCGGCCUCGGAAAACCAGCGGUUGUAGAAUCAUACCUGCGUCUGCGCAGUCAUGCUGGCCUGCCUGCAGAGGAGGCAGAAUCCUGCACCCCAGCACGCCACGGCUGCCUGCAGCAGCAGCAAGACUCUUGAGCCAGUGCAACACAUCAACCGCAAAUAUGAGCUGACUGUCCCCAUGCCUUCCCCGCGCUACCCCAGCACAGCAGAGCUGGAUGCCUAUGCGCAGAAGACUGCCAACAACCCACUGUCCAUCAAGAUCUUCCCCACGAACAUCAGGGUCCCUCAACACAAGCAUCUUAACCGGACUGUGAACGGAUAUGACACCACUGGUCAGCGCUACAGCCCCUACCCCCACUUCCACACUGGAGGCUACCAGGGUCUGCUGGCAAUCGUUAAAGUCUCAUCAUCAUCCUCAUCAUCUUCAUUAUCCUUAUCAUCUUUUGUACCCUCAACAAAGGGCGUUCUCAAAAACUCAGAGGGCAGGAGGACUAAGCUGUCUCCGGCACAGAUAGCAGUGGCUCCUUAUCCGCCUCCAAACAGCAGCACUUUAGGUCAUUGCCACGGACAGAUCAUUUACCAUGCAGGGCCUCACAAACCCCCAGAGGCCACCACUCUAUCGGUUCCUCCCAAUGUCACUGUGGCUGGGUCCGUGAUUCCUGUGGCAGGGGGCCGUGGGCUGAAUCUCCCUCCUCAGUCAAACCUUCCCUCCAUCCAGAGCAUCAUUUACCAGAUCAACCAGCACUGCCAAGCCCAGGCUCUGCAGCAGGUGUGUCAAAACGGGAUGUCUACGGGUGCACCGAACCCCAGCCCAUCCAAACAGGAGACCACCAACUCCUCAGGGGGGAUUUACGUCACUAGUGUGGCUCCACAGGGAAACAUGGCCUAUUCAGGGACGGUGUUACCAGGGCAGAAUGGGGAGGUGAUGAAGGCUGCAGUGUAUCCUGAAAGUAUGGACUACCUGCUGUGGCAGAAGCAACAACAGCAGCAGGCAGUGUUGAGAAUGUACAGCGGAGGAAGUGGAGGAGGAGGAGCUGUCAGCAAGUCGCCCGAAACUUGCGCCCCAGGCGCAUCUAUCAUGCUGGGUGGGGCGCAGGUGUCCUCUAGAGGUUAUCCAAUGACGGCCAGUACGAGUGGCGGGGGUGGACUUGACAAGGUCAGCUCCUCCCCUUUGAACUGUGUGGGAAUGCAUGGGAACUUUUCCGUUGGGCAGUACUUCGCCCCUCCUUGGAACAGUGUUCUGGUUACACCAGACAGUGACUGCUACAACCCUCAAGAGUUGCCUGGAGCUACCACCACAACUGCACCAGUGACAGGGCACAGGGAGCUGGGAUUCCCUCACCAUCAUCAACAUCCUCAUCACCACCACCAUCACCACCAUCAUCAUCACCCUCCCAUAGACAGCACAGGGGGGUUGUGCUGCAGUUUGCCAAGCAAAAACCUCUGUAAUACGUCAGUGUUGAGCAGCAGUCUUCAAUCACUAGAAUACCUGAUCAAUGACAUCCAUCCUCCCUGCAUCAAGGAGCAGAUGUUGGGGAAGGGAUACGAGACCGUGUCUGUGCCGAGACUGUUGGACCACCAGCAUGCACACAUCCGCCUCCCUGUUUACAGAUAAGAAGAGACAUACCAGGUGGCAGUGGGUCAAGCUGACCAAUUUAAAGACCUACUGGAAAGUCUUUAAUCAAAAACUACAGAUGUUGCCAUUGCAAGUUGCCUAGAUUUGCAGUGGAAUUUUUGUGAUACUGCUCUAAGCAGACUGGGGAAGUCUGGAUCAAAAUACAGAAUGAAUGCUGGAAAGCUAAUCAGUGCCUCUCGGCUUAGAGCUGGGAGAGAAUGGCUGGCUGGGAAAUGGAAUGUUGCAAGAUCCUAAAUGCAGAUAUGCAGAUUAUGUUGUACUUUUUUGUUUUUUGGCCAAGAGGGAUUUUUGGUUGUUUUCCAGUUGUUUCUUUUUGUGAUUUUUCCUUUUAAUAAUUUUAUCAGGCUAAUAAAUUUUUUUUUUUUUUGGAUGCGAGUCAAUGGUUGAAAUGAAGUCAAAUAUGGCCUCCUCCCAAUAUAGCGAGUAACUGAUUGGGAUUAGCAUGAUGAAGAUGAUGGUCUUAAAGUUACAGUAUCUAUAAAAGUACAUAGCUGAACCUGUACUCACAAAACACUGUAAAAGGGUAAAGGUACACACAUUGCAGAAUUGCAAAGACCAAAAAGCAGCAAGAUCAGUGCUUUUAGGUGAAGUUAAUGGGUAUUUCAUUGAAUUGAAAAAAUCAUCUUAGCAGUAAUAAUUAGGGUUUUUUCAGAGAAAUUGCACUGCUUGGGGUGUGAAAUCUUAAAGUGAAAGUACAGGGAUGUUGGAAAUUAGAAGUUUGAAUAUAAUGUAUUUAAAGAACUUGAAGACUUGAACCUAUUUUUGUUGUUUUAUAUAUUUGUAGUAUAUAAUAUGCUUUGGCUGCUAAGGGAAUAAGAGUGUAAAAUGCUUAGGGUUUUUAAUGUUUCAUUUUGUUUUGAUUUUAUUCUCCUUUGGCUGCAGUAUAGUUUCUGCUGUUCUCAUGAUUUAAUCACCAUUGAGAACAAACAACAUAAUCAGCUCAUUUAUUUGCCUACACUGGAAUGCACACUCUCCAAAUACACAGAUUUAAUGGUUACAAAAAAUAGUUACUCUGGAAUGAGACAGCCCUCAUUAACAAGUUUGGGCCUAUCAGGCUUUUUGGCAUGUCUUUAGAUGGAACAUCUUAUAAACACAUAUUAUACUUAAAUCUGAUUUCAGAUUCCGAAAAUAAGAUGUCUUUUGUCUUCAGAGCUUAAAGUUGUGAUUGGUUAGGGAACAAAUUGCCUCCCACAUUGCUUUGAAUUAGCGAUGUGAAAGCUAUUGCUAAUAGUAUUGCCACACUCAAGUACUGUAAGCAAAAACCUGAGGGCAGCCGACUAAUCAAAGGUGUCACUUGACCAUUCCUCUUUUUGAAUAGAUAAAAACAAUCAUUGUGGUGCCUCUCAAACAGAGGUGGAAGGAGGGAGGGUGAGGUGUCUCUGUCAGCUCUGUGCUAGCGGUUUGAGCAGGGUUUAGGCCGCUUAUAAGCUUUGUCUCGACACUGAAAUAUUUGUUCCGACUGUGACUUUCCUGUGAAUGUACUGCACUUAGAUUACUGAGAAGACUAAUGCCUUGUGGGACAGAGAGGGGUAAAAUAAAGAAAAAUUUGAUGGGCACAGCAGUCCCCGGCAUUAAAUUAGCAUUUCUUUUGUCAGUCAAAUUUCAGCUGUAAAUUGAAUUUAGAAAUUCGAGCGAGGUGACAGGGGGUUUCUGUUGGAGGCAAAAGCUGGCUACAGUCUAGAUUUAUGAAGUGCAAUUAUUAUGACUGUAUUAACAAUUUUUUUUUUUUCUGAGCUGACACCAAAAAAAAAAAAAAAAAAUGUAAACUACAGCUGUGUCUACAUUCCCAAUGUACCACAUACUCAUUCCCUUCUUGUUUUGAGGUGCAAAAUAAACUGAUUUCAAGAAUUUAUUGAAAAACCCA